CAGGAAACGUUGCAGCUAGGGAGCAGGCUGCAACAGCAGCCAGGGCAACAACCAUGUCUUCUGCAACAGCAUCCUCCACUGCAUCUUCUGUUGUCUCCUCGUCUUGACCCCAGUUGGGAAUGCCAACAGGGUCUGCGGGCACUUCCAGUUCAAUAGGAUCACGUCAGUCUACAAGUCAAAUGGCUGGCUCGCAGUUCAGCCCGUUGACUCCUCGCGAGAGGGAGCUUAGGGAGCUCCAGCAGGUCGAAAGGAUCCGUGAAAGAUUAGAGAGGGAACUGAAACAAGCAACCGACAGAGAAAGGGAAAUCAAAAAUAGAACAGCCAGGCUUGAUACAUUAGAGGCUGACAAAGCUGAGUUAGAGGGUUUGGAUGACUCUGGAAUGAAUGGGCCCAUGAAAGUGUUGAGGAACAACAUGUUGUCGCUGCAUGCGCACGUGGACAGCAGGUUGGACUUUAUGCAGAGCACUCUAGACCAGAUCCUGGACGCUUUGACAAGGCCAGGAUUUAGGCCACCAGCACAAUCGCCGUUGCCGUUAUCGGCGAUGUCAGGCCCCUUUCCAGUUCAAGUUGGUACACAACCUAGCGGUACGUCUGCAGCAGUCGCACAGACUGUUGCAUCUUCUUCUUCGGGUCCAGCGGUGGGAGCUACACCACCGCAACAAACUGUUCAGCAAUCUGGACAGCCGCAGGGUCAAUGGUAUCCUAAGACCCCAAUGAAACCGCCUCUUGCCUUUUCAGGCGAGAGAAAGGACGAAAAACUCAACACAUGGUUGAGGACCGUCCCGGUUUGGGUGAAGGCAAAGACGACCUUGCCUGAGGAUGAAGUGGUGACUGUUGCAUCUUACCUCGAGGGUAAGGCAGCCAAAUGGCUAGAUGGUAUAGUUGUGAAGGCAGGCGAGGCACGCCUCGAGUACCAUUCAUUUGAGACAUUGUCUAGGAAAGCCUUAGAUUUGGAGGCCACACUAGGCAAUGCUCAACCCACUCAGAAUAACACGAAAAAGAAGAAGAGUCAUCGGGAGUGGAAGAAGAAGGGGGCUAAGUUGAUGAUGGUGGAGUCCGAUGGGACUCAAACUGAGAUCGACGAGCUCACUGACCUGAUGGACUAUACAGAGUUUGACGGCGAGGAGGUAGCUGAGGGUAGCACCCUCGUCGCGGUAGUCAAGACUAAGGCAGGUGGCCGAGGGAAGGGCCAACCUAGGAGUCAAGGGAAGGCCGCCUCCAAUCAGUCCAAAGUGGCUGAAUGGGUGAAGGCAGGUCUUGAUCAAGACGUGUGGCGUGACCGCCGAGUACGUGGCGCUUGUAUCAACUGCGGGGAAUACGGUCACUCGCAGAUGCCUAAAGCAGGUGCAGAUGCGAUCAAGCGGCACUUUGAGAAUGUUGGAGUGCACGGGGAGCCGGGGAAAGGAAACUACAUAUGGAAAUGCCUGUAUUGUGAACUGCAGUUCCCUGGGAGCGCAAAGCACUUCACGUCCACGACAAAAGGGCCUAGGUGCAACAUCAACAGGCUAGGCAGCAGGCUGUCGGUAGAGGAAAAGGAGAGGAGGGAGUUGGGCCGCCUGGAGGCAAUUGCGCUGAUGUUGGGAAAGGCUGUGCCUCGGGCACCGUCACAUGAUUGGCUUUCAGACGUCCAAGGCAUGGAAGACGUGGACGUCGAGGACGAGUGCAACAGCCCCCAACCAGCGGAAAACAGAGCCAAGACUAGCCUUUCGACGACAGCCAAGGUGCGACAGAGCACGCUGGAAGAGGGCGGGGCAAUCAUCUCGAAGAAUGAAGAAGCACAACGCUCCAUAGAUGAUUGGUUGGUUUACGAAGGAGUCCGAUUCAACAUGGUGCGCAGUAAGGACAAGGGCGCAGCAGCGUACUUUGAUAUCUUGUCUGAGUCCAUUCGUGAAGUUGGCAAGAAAAGUGUUGUUGGAGUCAUCAUGGACAACGUUGCAGUGUGUGUGAGAGCCGACAGAUUGGUGGAGGAUACAUUCCCUACAAUCUUCGAUGUGCCAUGUGCUGCACACUGCCUGGACUUAGUGUUGCACGAUGUUGGGAAGAUGGAGUGGGUGGCUCGAACGGUGGGGAAGGCAAAUGACUUGGUGAAGUUCAUCAUGAACCACCAGCGAGUCAGGGAUGUUUACUACAUCCACUCGGGUGGGAGACAGCUACUGCGACCUGCAUCAACGCGUUUCGCCACCAACUUUCACAUGUUGGACCGCUUGAAGAAGCAGCAGAAAGCGUUGGUGGCUAUGGUCACAACAGACGAGAGGUGGACAGCGACGUUGGUUCCCCAUGGACAGCGAUCGACCUUCCACGAGAUGGAAGAUGUUUUACUUGAUGCAGCAGGGUUUUGGAAAGAUGUCAACAAGGCAAUCAAUGCUGUAUACGACAUUGUUUUGCUGUUGAAGCUGGUGGAUGGCAACGGUCCAACCAUCAGCAAGGUUUAUGCGAAGAUGGACAGGAUAGUGGAACGCCUGCGAGUCAACAAGGACCUGACGGCAGAGGACCGGGAGGAGAUCGAGGUGAUGGUCAUGCGCAAAUGGAAUGCUAUGACCACCCCCCUCCACUGUCCAGCCCUGUUCUUCGAUCCGGAGUACCGGUCGUCUGAGCCGCACAACGAUCCAGAGAUCCAAGAUGGAUUCUACACUUGGGUGUACACAUGGCUGAAAGGGUCAUCGCAGGAGGUGUGCGACCAGGUGGAGUACGAACAAAUUCCGGAGAGGGCAAAAGACCUUGUUGAACGGGACGACCCACCGACGGAGGAGGAGCAAAAGGAGGCUAAAGAAAGAGUGAAAUUGGUUGAGCGCCGAUUGAAGAGCCUUACCUCGGCUGGUGACGAUGUUGUUCCACCUGCUGAUGGUGGUGGUGACGAAGAUGGGGAUGAAGUUGUUGUUCUGUGCCGUGAAGAAUGCAACCUCGAGGAGAUUGAGGAGGGUCAUUGCGAGGACUGGAGUGGAUUGACAAAGGCAGGCAACUUCCUCCUCAAGCAUUCCCAAACUGAAGUGCGAAGGAGGGCACGCACCUUGGGAGCAGAGGAGCACAUGCGUGCUCACAGAAAGGGGGGUGGUGACACACUACCUCGUGGUGCUGCGACGAUAGCACCACAGAAGGAGACAGGGACAUCGUCGGCACAGCCUGAUCCUCAACGCCAAAAAAAAGCUAGAGGCAGGCCAAGAAAAACGCCAGCGACGGAUGUGGAGGGUUCAGAUGUCGCGACUGCGGAGGGAGAGAACAACCCUGCGCGGACACUCGAGGAAAACCUUGCGCAAACACUUGAAAAGAGUGGAGGAGAGGGGAGCAAGGACAAGGGGGGCAAGGACGAGGGUGUGGCAAGGAAGAGGCCACGUGAUGAUGAAGAGGAAUUGUGCACGCUGGCAGUGACAGCACAGUGCCCAUUGCUCGCUGAGAGGUUGGGGGUGGCUGGAUUUCUGCAGGCGCUGCAGGUCCGGUUUGCAGACAAGGAGCAGGCCAGAAAAGCAGCAGACCAAAUUUGUCGUCUGGGCCAGAAAAAGUUUGAUGGCUCCUUGUCCAAACUGUACUCCACCUUUGAGAGUCUGACAUCGACUCCUGGGUUGGAGAUAAGUGAGCAGGAUCUGCUCAUUCAUUUCCUCAAGGCAGCGCCUGAGCAAUUCCAGCUUGCCUUAUUCUCUCAGGGCCACAAGGAUUGGCGGUCCUUUGGCAGAGCAGCCCUGGACUUGGAGUCCAAACUCCAUGUCCAAGAAGCACCUUCUGAAGGAAGGAAGGGACCCUCCUCAAAGGGGCGAAGAAGGAGGAAGGGUGCCCUGUUUGCUGCUGCAGCUUCCAGUUCAGAUGAUGAUGCAGCAUCUCAGGGUGGGACCCCUCCAUCUGGGACUGCUUCCUCAUCUGCUGCAGAUCCUGUUGUUCUUGCCCUGGCUGAUGCUUUGAUGGGCAUGGCAAGGGGUAAAACCCCAACUCAGAAAGCACCAACCAGCAGCAAGGGGAAAGGGCGUCGCCUACGGUACCUCAACUUUUCAGAAGUAGUCGAUUGCGCGACAAUCAAGGACCAGGUCCUACCGUGGUUUCUUGAUGCAGUCGAGACCAGCUGACACUUUCAUCUGCUGGUUCAUUACCAGGAAAUGAAAUAUGGGCGCGAAGGUCCACUCUCCCCGAGGGGGGGGUAAGUAUGUAAUGAAGCCUGCAGAUUCUC